CUCACUGGCAAUCAUGUCUCGCACAAAAUACAGAGGCGGAGCGCGAGCACGAGGGCGUGCACGUGGUGGAGGCGGCGGGGGAGGUGGUGGUGGAUCGAGAAACCAAUUUCAGGACAACCGAGUCUCAUUUGAUAAAAUCGAAAAGACCAACGAGAAAUUCGAACGAUUCUACAACACCAUUGCCCUCGUGCCCGAAGGCCCCGAGCGCACCGCAUUCUGGACACACUUACGCAAAGAAUUGCCGAAUUCGUGGCGCUUCACGGGAUCGAAGGGACAUGCUCUCUCGGUCAGAGACAAUUUGGUCACUCGCUUCUUUCCCGUUCUGAGGGGAAUUAAGCAUGAAGGCAGGCCAGUGGAUUUGCCAGAGCCCAUUGGUUGGUAUCCCAAUGGGUUGGCAUAUUCCAUGACUACACCGAAGAAUGUCGUGAGGAAAUAUGAGCCCUUCAAGGACUUUCAGAGGUUCUUGGUCAGCGAGACUGGCGUGGGCAACAUCAGUCGUCAAGAGGAGGUCAGCAUGAUUCCGCCGCUCUUGUUGGAUGUCGAGCCACACCACACCGUGCUUGAUCUGUGCGCUGCACCGGGCAGUAAGAGUGCGCAAUUGGUAGAGCUAUUGCAUGCGGGUGAGGAGGAUAGGGUUGCAAAAGCGAUUGAGCAGGUCAAGCGUGGAGAGGUGAAUGGAGAGGCCAGUGAAGAUCACGGCCGUGCCACAGGCAUUCUCAUGGCCAAUGAUGUGAACUACCAACGCGCGCAAAUGUUGGUGCAUCAGGUCAAGCGCCUCAACUCGCCCAAUCUGAUUGUCACUAAUCACGAUGCGACCAUGUUCCCUUCCAUCGCGAUGCCGUCGGGCAAGGAUGGCUCAGGGAACAAGACGGGUAAGUGGCUCAAGUUUGACCGCAUCCUGGCAGAUGUCCCAUGCAGUGGAGAUGGUACAUGCAGAAAGAACCCAGGCAUUUGGAAAGACUGGACACCACAGAACGGUCUUGGACUAUACAUCACCCAAGUGAGGAUCCUGACGAGAGCGUUGCAAAUGCUAAAGGUGGGUGGCAGAGUCGUCUACAGUACCUGCAGUUUGAACCCAGUCGAGAACGAGGCGGUCAUUGCAUCCGCCAUCGAGAGGUGCGGUGGAUCUUCCAAUAUCAGACUUGUCGACUCGUCAGACAGAUUACCCGAGCUUAAGCGAACACCCGGUCUGAAGGACUGGAGUAUCAUGAAUCGCAAUGGCACAAUCUAUGAGUCCUGGGCUGAAGCGGCGGGAUUCGAGCAAGAGGGUAGUAAGAUUGUUCCCGGCAUGUUCCCUCCUGAAGCCGAAGAGGACAUUCCACUCGAGAACUGCUGGCGUGUGUACCCACACCAGCAGAACACGGGCGGGUUCUUCAUUGCUGCUCUUGAGAAAUUGAGCGAAGUCCGUGCUAAGCCAGAAGACGAGAGCAAAUCGCAGAACAGAAACUGGACAUUCAACAAAGAUGCCGUCCCUGAGAAGACUGCUUUCACCGAAACGAUGGCAGAGAUUGAGAAGGGACAUCUCGACGAACCAAAACGUGUUGAUGACGUGCCUACUGUCACUGCAGCCCCUCUGCAAAACAGCUCCACUGGAGACGCCCCUACUGUUUCCGGUGCGAAACGAGCAGCACCAGAAGAGUCUCCAGAGUCUCCAGCAAAGAAACAGCGGAUCGGUGAGGCGGCGGCAGCUCCAGAUACUGCCAUGGCCGAGAAUGGCCACAAGGUUGGUGUGACAGGCGAGGUCAAAGAUGCAGUCCAAGAAGCGCCUUUCGAGAAGACUGUCCCUCCAGAAUCUGCGCAUCAGUCGAAGCGACGAGGUGCCGAGGCCAACGAGGAGGCUUUCAAAUAUCUCGACUCACAACACCCGGAACUGGUAGGUAUUUACAACUUUUACGAACUUCACUCCGCAUUCCCGCGCGAUCGAUUCUUGGUCCGAAAUCCUGCUGGAGACCCGGUCAAGGGCAUUUACUAUACUGCAGAGUUGAUCAAACAGAUACUCGUGUCGAACGAGAAUCGCGGGAUGAAGUUUGUCCACGCUGGCGUCAAGAUGUUUAUGAAGCAGGAUGCCCAGGGUCAAGACAUUUGCAGAUGGAGAAUCCAAACCGAAGGGCUUCCCAUCAUCGAAGGCUGGGUUGGAGAAGGUCGAGUGGUGACAUUGAAGAAGCGCAGCACGCUGAGAAAGCUCCUCGUGGAAAUGUUUCCCAAGGUCGCCACUGACAAGCAUGAAGACGGCACCGAGACAGGGGGUUGGAAGGAGUUGGGAGAAGUCGGCGAGGCGCUCAAUGCUUUGGGCGGAGGCUGUUGCGUUCUCAGAGUCGAGGCAACUCCUGAUGCAGGCGAGGAUGAGUUCAAGGAGGGCUUGACGCUACCGCUCUGGAGGAGUAGAGCCAGUGUGAAUCUCAUGCUGCCCAAGGAGGAUCGCAGGGCAAUGCUUCUGCGCAUCUACAACGAAGAUGUCGAGCUGAUCAACCACUCGGAUCCUAAGCAGAAUGGUGGAAAGGACUUCAAGGGCGAGGCCCAGUCCGAGCAGGAGAAGAAGAAGGAAGAAGCAGAAGUCCAGCAAGAGCCACAAGGGAGUGUAUCGGGUCAGGCUGAUGCGGAAGAGGUACAAGAGCGCAUCAAGAAGGCAGAUGAUGAGGAUGAUGAUGAGGCAAUGGGAGGUGUAGCAGUCGAUCAAGUUACAGGACUGCCAGCUACGGACUUGGGCGCUAUUGCUCUUGAGCAGGACGCAAUGACUGGUACCGACCAGAUUGAGACACAGCGUCUCGCAGUCAUGGAAGACGAGGACAGGAAGGUCGCUGAGGCGAUGCCGGAGAGAGCGGGCGAUGCAAAUGCUGACACGUCGAACACGACUGUGUAAGAAAAGCAAGGCAGCUGACUGUGUCUGUGACGCGGUGUUCUUGGCCAUUAUCUGUGUGCCAGCAUAUAUCUCCUACAUGGUAGACUGCAGUUCACACACGAAAAAAGUAUGUAGAAUAGGAGGUAGCA